UGUAACAGUCAAGUGACUCCCAUGCGACGGUCUCGUCCCCGAGCGCGCGAUCGCUCUCUCUUUCGGAGCUUGCGGGUUCGCAAGGUUUAUACCAUGAUCCCAGGUGAACCAGGACGAGGUUUUCGGGUAGCAAGAGACAAGAGGCGCGAGAGACAGAAGGAAUUGAUGCUUGGCGAUACGAGAGACUGGAGGAAUUACGAGUUCUUGAGCUGGAAGUCAGCCACAAGUUUUGUCUCAGCUCUCCAUCUUGAGAGAUCUGCAUUUUCAUGCAUUACAGAUUUGAUGCGCACUGUACAAGAUAUUGCUCGGUUUAUCGGAGUCUUAACUACAAGGUGAUGGUCGAGACAGACUUCAUACAGCCACUACGAGAGGUGACAUGUGUUGUUCGACUUGAUGCUGUCCUAUCCUGAUGGCAUCUGGUAUAUGCUAGUGAUUUCCUGCUUUGUUUUCUGUUUUCUGUUGUAUAUCUGCAAUCAAAAAUAUAUUAAUACGAA